AUCUCUUGGGCGAACGCUAAUGCUUCCAAAUACCGAGCGCCACAACGGGCUCCGUUCUUUCCGGGGUCGUGGUCGGAUUACCAACCAGAUUCGGAGUAGGAAAGAACAAACACGCGACGGCCAGUCUAGGAACUGCGGUUUACUAUACCUGCUGUGUUAAUCCCUGUAUUUCGCGCUGUCGGAAUAUGAUUGGACUGCUGUAAGAGAAAAAAAUGAAGUUCUUGAAUCAUGGAGAAAGUUCAAGCCAAGAGGGUGUUAGUUAACAAUGGAAAGGAGAUCUGUGAGGAAAUUGGCUGUCCUGGAGAAGGAAAGAUGUCAUCAAGCAGCAAGAUUUACAUGGAUUACAAUGCAACUACUCCUCUGGCAACUGAGGUGAUUCAGACAGUUUUUGAAGCCAUGCAAGAAGCAUGGGGCAAUCCUAGCAGUUCCUAUAUAGCAGGUCAAAGGGCUAAAGAGAUCAUCAGUGAAGCUCGUCAAAGUCUGGCUAGAAUGGUAGGAGGGCAACCCCAAGACAUCAUCUUCACUUCUGGUGGAACAGAGGCAAAUAACUUGGUGAUCCACACUGCAGUGAAGUAUUUUAGAGAAAGCAACAAGCAGAGGUAUGAUGAGCAUGGCAGUCCAAAGAAAACUCUGGAGAUGUAUCCACAUUUAAUUACAUCUUGCAUUGAACAUGACUCAGUCCUCCUACCUGUGAAGCACUUGAUGAAAGAACAUGAGGCUGAAGCCACUUUAGUCCCAGUGUCCAAAGCAACUGGCCAGGUGGAAGUAGAUGAUGUCAUUGCUGCAAUCCGUCCAACCACAUGUUUGGUUUCUGUUAUGCUGGCCAAUAAUGAGACUGGAGUUAUCAUGCCCAUCUCAGAACUCAGUCAGCAGAUUCAGCCUCUGAACCACAGGAGAGUGGCAUCUGGUCUGCCACGAAUCUUGGUACAUACAGAUGCAGCUCAGAUGAUAGGAAAAGGCCAAGUGGAUGUGCAGGAUCUGGGAGUGGAUUACCUCACUAUUGUGGGGCACAAGUUUUAUGCCCCACGGAUUGGAGCUCUGUACGUGCGAGGACCCGGUACUGCUACACCUCUCCAUCCCAUGCUAUUUGGAGGUGGACAGGAAUAUAAUUUGCGUCCUGGGACUGAAAAUACACCAAUGAUUGCUGGUCUUGGUAAGGCAGCAGAACUGGUGAACAAGCACUGUAAAGCAUAUGAAACUCACAUGAAGAAAAUCCGGGAUUACCUGGAAGAGAGGCUGACAGCUGUGUUUGAAGAACAAGGAAUCCAUUUCAACUGUCGACUGGAAGGCUCUAGGCGACUUUGCAACACCAGUAAUUUUUCUAUACUGGGCUCAGGAUUGCAAGGUCGACUGGUGCUGUCUCGGUGUGGGACUCUCCUUGCCAGCGUUGGUGCUGCAUGCCACUCUGAGAGGGGUGAUGAGCCAUCCUCCAUUUUGCUUGGUUGUGGAAUUCCUUACCAUGUGGCCCAGAACGCCCUGCGCCUCAGUGUGGGGCGGGAUACCAGCAAGGAAGACGUGGACCUCAUAGUGGACGAUCUGAAGCAGGCUGUGGCUCAGCUGCAAUAGGUCAGAUUCUCACAGGGCCAGACCGUGUGCAUGAGAGGCUGGGAGUUUUGUCAGUGACUUUCUAGGUUUUGUUUUCUUCUAAAAAUCAGCCACGUGAAGCCCCAGUUGUGUCAGGGCACCGUGAGGAGGGGGCACUGUGGUGUCAGUCGGCACCAGGGUCCCAUUUGCCUACUGUUUAAAAGUGGGGAAAAACUAUUCAAAAACUCAUUUACAGAGUUCCCAGCAUCUUAUGUAGGUUUAUUUAUUUUAUUUAUUUAUUGUUUCGUCUUAUAUACCGCCCGAUCCCCGAAGGGUUGACUCCUAGUUACCCAGAGAGAAAAGACUUUGCCCAUUGGAAUCACUAAGUGAGCUUACCCAGCCUCAGGCUGCCAUGGUUUGUUUAUUUAUUUAUUAAUCACAUUUCUUAAUCGUCCCUCCCAAACUGGCUCGGGGCAAUUUACAACAGGAAUAAAUACAGUAAAAAUUGACUCAGAAGUGAAAACCCGUAACUUAAAAUCGAGUGCAGUGACUAAUUCUACUAACUAAAAUUUAGAUAAAUUCAGUUAAAUUAGAGUCUAAUUAAAAUUCAUGCAUGUAGGAGAACAACUCCAGAGCUGUCCAUCUGCAGAGAGAGGUGGUGCACAACCAUAGGGGAUGGGUGGUAAUGUUAGGUCAGGCCUUCGCAAAAUACUUGGCGGAACAGCUCCAUUUUACAGGCUCUGCAGAACUCCAUAAUGUCCCGUAGGACCCUGAUCUCCUCUGGUAGGCUGUUCCACCGAGUUGGGGCCAGAACUGAAAAAGCAUUGAGGUCAGUUGGACCUCGCGUGGGCCAGGGAUUGUUAAAAGCCCUUUUGAUCCAGAUCUUUAUGUCUGCUGGGGGUUAUAAUGGAAGAAGCGGUCACACAAGUAUCCUGGGCCCAGACUAUGAAUGGCUUUGAACUUCUUUUUCCAAACUGGUUUCCUGCAUGUGCAGGAUCAGUUUUCUAACUGUCUCUUCCAAAGGUCACGAUUUUGUGCGUCUUCUGGGGUAAGGUUCUUUGCCUGCAGGUCUUCAUUGAUUGUGUCCCUCCAUCGUUUUUUGGGUCUUCCACGUGGGCGGCAUCCACCAGGCUCAAGGUGCAGGCUGUCUUUGCUACAGAUGUUUCCUCGCGGUGCAUGACAUGGCCAUACCACCUUAGCCGUGCCUGCCUCGUGUACUGGUCAAUUGGUGUUAUUUUAAGUCUUUGCCGCAUGUCAUCAUUCGGCACAUGGUCGAACAGCGUCAGGUUUAGCAUCCAUCGAAGCAUCCUCAUUUCCAUGACAUGAAGGGCUUGUUCAUGUUUUCUUGUUGCUGGCCAGCAUUCGGCUCCGUGCACUGCUAUUGGGCUUUGAAUGUCAACAUUAAAACCUUGAACCUGAUCCUGCUCCCAACUGGUAACGAAUUCAGUUCACAAAGCACCAGUGUCACAUGUGUACGCCAUGGGGACCCAGAGAAUAUCCGGGCAGCUGCAUUUUGAACCAACUGAAGUUUCCAGAUCAAUCUCAAGGGCAGCGCAGUGUAAAGCGCAUUGCAGUAGUCCAAUCUGGAGGUGACUGUUGCAUGGAUCACUGUAGCUAGGUUGGAGGACAAUAAGUAGGAGGCGAGUUACUGCACCUGGCGCAGAUUUUAAAAAAUGCCAGCUGGCCCAUCUUGGUGAUCUGGGUCUCUGUGGACAACGAGGAGUCCGAAAUCACCCCAGGUUCUUGGCAGAUGAAACAGGCUCUAAACGAACCCCAUCAAGAGCCAGCCUCUGCUCAGCCGUCCCUCCGCCACCCAGCCACGGGACCUCCGUCUUUCCUGACUUUGGACAGAAUUAAGGAUAAACUACAUUCCCAUCUGUUUGUUGCUGUUGGAAUUGUGCAGAACCACUACUAAUAGUUCCGGUUAACAGUAGCAGAUCCUCAAUUUUUUUUCCUGGCCAUCACUAUGCCUACGGUUCCAUUACGAAAGUAUUGUGUGUGGUCUGGGAGCGUGUGGGUAUUCUUUUGCAGUGACUUCUGCAAUCACACCUGCAAUUUUUUUACUACUUGUAUUAUGGAAAUUGCUGUAAAGUAUAUCUCUGUAUUUUCUGUUCACAAUCCAUUUUUCAUACUGUUGCAUACCCAGGGACUAUUGGUUAAAGACAGUUGAAGAUUGCCUUGUGAACGAGUCCAAAACAUUCGGAACACAUAGUGGGGUUUUCCUUUGUGUUUGGUUUCUAUGCCGCAGCAUUUCCAGGUGCUCGUGCUUGAUCUAUGUUUCAGACAGAGUCCCUUUUCAUCUACCCCCAUGCCUUUGUCUCCUUCAAGUCAGCAGACCCCUCCCCCCCAAUCCCUUUUUUUUUACAAAGGCAUGCAGAGCACAGUGUUCAGCUCACUGAACUAGGCUGUAGAAUGGUAGGAUAAAUAGUCACGAGCUGUCCUUGGGUUAAGCUGAUUGGGGUAGGUGGUUCUGAUUUCAUCUGAUUUGCUUCACUUCUCUGAUGGGCCAGGCACUUAUUCUCAGUCCUAAUUUCCCUCAUAGGAUGGUUGUGAGGAUAAAAUGGAAGUGAAUUACCCAAGCCACUUUGAGUCCUUAUUCAGAUGAAAUGUUCUGUAAAUGAAAAAAUAUGAAACAUUCUCUCCCUUGGUAGAAGUUAUUGGGACUUUUUAUUUUCAUUCUCUUAUUUAGUGGGCUGUGAAUUGGGCCCAGAGAAACAGGCAUGUGUUUCUUGUGAUGUCUGAGGCUAUUGUUGCCAAUGAAAGUCUUCCUGACACUCUUUCAGCAUCAUGCUUAUCUGUCAGAUGAGUUAUCACUGUGGUAGAUAUUCCCAUAGGAUCAUAUUUCCAAUUACUAAGAGGCAAUUGCCGCUCUAGUCCCUCGUGUGUUGUUACAGUUUGUUCCAGGAGACCUUGGGCUCAUCUUUCCCUUAGUGAUCACCAAAGAUUUGUUACCUACUAGGAUCACAGGUGUUGACUGAGUUUCUUCGAGGCAAACAUGAGCAGCACAAAUGCUGUGGGAGGGAAGGGAAUGGAGCAAGAGCAAUGCGCAGAAUUUCAUGCACAAUCAAGUCAAAGCUGUGGAAGCAGGGAACACUGGAGGAGAGGGCAUGAGAGAAGGGACAGGAGAAAGGAGAGUUGGAGCAGCAGUUGCCAGCCUUUUCUUCAAUGAGAAAUGACACCAAGCGUUACAAAGCUUUUUUUUUCUGUUCUAUAAGUAGAACAUGGACUAGGAAGAGCACUAGCAAGGGAGCUAUCACUAAGCAACAUUGAGGGAAAAACCUAUGAAAUAAAGGCAUUAAAAUCCUAUGAAAAACCUAGAAUAGGUGUGUAGUGACAAGACAGGGAGGCUGAAAUUGUCUUUUAGCCUCUAUUUAGCUCUGUUAAUGUUUGGUUAUUGUUUGUGUGGAAGAGAAGUUGAAGGACAGUUGUGGGUAAUAUGAAAGAAUGUUCCAACCAGGAGAAGUUUUGAAGUUGCUUUAAAACUAGAUACACUUUGAAAGCCUCAAGUGAAACAUUAGGUUGGUUGGUGGUGGUGGAAAGUGCCGUCAAGCUGCCACUGGCUUGUGGUGUUUUCAAAGCAAGAGAUGUUCAGAGGUGGUUUGCUAUUUCAUGCUUCUGUGUAACAACCUGGACAUCCUUGAUGAUCCGCCAUCCAAGUAGUAACCAAGGCCAGUGCUGCUUAGCUUCUGAGAUCUGACAAGAGAACAGGCUAGCCUGGGCCAACCAGGUCAGAACACCAGGGUGCUUACCUAAUAAAAAAAUUAGCUGGGAUUAACUGUUAACAUGUAAUUAAUAAAAUGCAUACAAAUCUGAAUUGGAAUAAAACAAGCAUUUUGAAGUGGAAAAGUAGCUUUUCUUUUUAAUAUAUAUCCAGGUAUGGCAGCAAGCACCCUUUUUGAAAAGGCAUUCCAUGACAGAAGAACAUUUCUUCUCAGGAGAUAGUUGCCUCCUGUAGAAAAACCACAGUGCUUGGACGGGACAUAACUGAUUUCUAAAUAUGCAUUUUCCUGUUAAGGUUGAGUUUGCCUUCCUAGUUGAUGCAAUAAUUUUUAAUUGGUUAAUCAAAGCAGUUGGUUCUUAAGGACUACCCUAUCAAUUAACAGACGUCAGUAGUGUCAGUGUAGCUUUUCAUGACAGGCACCAAAAAUUUGCAAGCAGCAAUUCUGUGUUCCUCAUUUAUCCACUAUUCAGGGGAAAAGGAGGUAGAAUAGAAGAAACAUUUCUGCCCUCUGCUGGAAAUAAAAGCAACUAGCACAAGACUUGAGUUCUGUUUUGUGGUAGUGGCAAAUUCUUUCAUAAACGUCUUGAUCCAGGGUAUCUAAGUAUUAACUGGGAUAUAUUGAUGUGUAUGAUUUCAGUUAAAACCAAUUUAUUUCUCUUUUUAAAAUUCUUUUUUUCCUAAGGAAAACCCUGAGUGGCAUACCCGUUCCCCUUUAUCUGCAUAAGAACCCAAUGAGGUUGGGUAAACUACAUUGGUAACAAGCACAUUUUGCCAUGAUUUGAAACUGGAUUUCCACAGUUUAAUCAACUAGUCCCCUCAGCAUGUUGGGUGUCUGUGUACUUGCCCUUGUGAUACUCACUUAACCUAUUAUGACUCCCUUGUAUAUUUUUGCACACCUCAGCUUAUGACCACAUGAUUUCAGUUGUCAUCCAUAGUUGCUUUCCCAUUCAGAAUAGCUGCUUUGACUUUGUGAAUACUACAGUACAGCAACUCUACAGCUACUGUUACUAUUUCUGCUUAAUGGUUACUAUGCUUGUCACAGCUUUGGGGCUUUGUUAUACCCAGUUUACAUAAAUCAGCCAUUCACUGGUGAAAAUGUGUUCCUUUCUUUAUGGGUAUCAAAUUCCCUGGUGAUCUGUGGAAUGGUAUGAACUAAUAGCCAUAUUGAUCAUAUGGCAGUAAUGGGGAGCAGGGCAGGGGCAAAAUUAUUCUUUUCCUCUUCACACUGUAGCUAUCUGACCCAUAAGGCUGUUGUUCACACAUGUCCCUCAACUCUGGAUGAAACUUUCUCAGGAAGGAAAGGGCAGAAAAUAUCCUGCUGUUCUUAUACCUUCCUCUUGCUGUUCACAGGAUCUUGCCCAAUAUUUGCAGUAGUUAUUGGAUGUUAUAAAUAUUCUGCCAUUCAGAAAUUUAAAGUGUCCAUAAAAACCACUGUUAAGACUAAUUUUUUAAAAAAACAAGCAUAAUGUUUUGUUGGCUAUGGCCUGUUCAGAUACCAGAACAGUAACAUUAGAAACAAGCAAAACUUGAAGGGAACUGUGGUGAUUCAUUAACCACCACCACCACCACCCCUCGCAACUCCCCCAAAAUUGUUCACUACUUAAUUGAUUGUAUUAAUUGAACGUAUUAAUUGAUUGUAAUAAAAAGUAUGACAUUA